AAUAGAAGGCACUGAACCAACCCAACCAACCAUCACUCAUCUGUCAACUGUCAGCUCCUGUCAGAUUUGACAUUUGACAAGAAUGUGUGCAUAUGAUGUGUGCUGUUCUACUGGUUGAUAGUUUUUUCUUUAAGAAUAUUUAUUAAAUUAAAUAUACCAAUAUACUCAUUUUCCCUUUAAGAACUCCAAUAUUAAUUUAGCUUUUGGAAACUAUAAGAAAUGUCUUAUCAACUUUAUAGGAAUACAACGUUAGGUAAUACUUUACAAGAAAGCCUGGACGAACUCAUACAGUAUGGCCAGAUAACACAACAGUUAGCUUCUAAAGUGCUGUUACAGUUUGACAAGUCCAUAAAUCAGACUUUAGCUACAAGGGUGAAAUCAAGACUGACUUUCAAAGCUGGUAAACUUAACACAUACAGGUUUUGUGACAAUGUGUGGACCUUUAUGCUCAAUGAUGUUGAAUUUCGAGAAGUUCAAGAAAUCACUAGAAUCGACAAAGUGAAAAUUGUGGCCUGUGAUGGAAAAAAUGUUGGAGAUGAAGGAUCUUCAAAGAAAUAACAACCUACAAGUAAAAUGUUUAUCGCCAGAUACUAAGUGGAAUUUUUAGAUGUUAACGUAUUUUAUAUAAUGUGCACAUAGAUGAAUGGCUAGAUUUGGUGUUAUAUCUUGGAUUAGUUUACUUUAUUGUCCUGUAUAGCAUAGAGUGAAUGGUUAGCAUAGAGUGAAUGGAGUGAUUUGGAAGUACAUUUUUAAGGAAGAAAUAAAAGUUUAUUAUAAAUCAUAA